GAAAAGGUGAGACCCAGAAGAGACACAGACAGUUCCUGGUAACUUUACCCUCAGAGUUCAGCGAUGGUGGAGGAUUCGAGACCAUCAUGGGAAAAUCCCAUGCAGUUUGUGCUGGCGUGUGUGUCCUAUGCAGUGGGACUGGGCAAUGUCUGGCGCUUUCCGUAUCUCUGCCAGAUGCAUGGUGGAGGUGGAUUUUUAAUUCCCUACCUGAUUAUGUUGGUGGUCGAAGGAUUACCUUUGUUUUACCUUGAACUAGCCAUUGGACAACAUAUGCGCCAGGGGAGCAUUGGAGCAUGGAGCGCCAUUAACCCUUACAUGGGGGGAGUGGGUAUAGCAAGUGUGGUCGUGUCCAUCUUUCUUACUAUCUACUACAAUGUGAUUAACGCCUGGGCCUUUUGGUACCUUUUUCAUUCAUUUCAGGGUACCCUGCCCUGGGCAGAGUGUCCUCUCAGCAGUAACCUCACCACAUACGUUCCAGAGUGCGAGAAGAGCUCUUCUACCGAUUACUUCUGGUACAGGGAGACCUUAAACAUCAGCUCCUCCAUCGAGGAUCACGGGGGCAUUCAGAUGGGGCAAGCCCUGUGUCUGGUCCUGUCCUGGAUGGUGGUGUACCUCUGUGUGCUCAGAGGAACCGAAGCCACUGGAAAGGUGGUGUAUUUCACAGCAACAUUUCCAUACUUGGUAAUGAUCAUCUAUUUGAUCAGAGGAGUUACUCUGCAUGGUGCUCUGAAUGGGUUGAAGUACAUGUUCACACCCAAGCUUUCUGAUCUUGCAGACCCUAAAGCCUGGAUCGACGCAGCCACUCAGAUCCUGUUCUCUCUGGGUCUCGGGUGUGGGAGUCUCAUAGCCUUCGCCAGCUACAACCACCACAACAACAACUUCGAGAAGCAAGCUAUUGUGGUGUCACUGAUCAACAGUGCGACUUCCAUAUUUGCCAGCCUGGUCACCUUCUCUAUCUAUGGAUUUAAAGCAACAUUCAAUUACGAAAGCUGCUUAGACAGGACGCAAUUGCUGCUAAUAAACACCUUUGAUUUGACAGAGGACUCCAUAAAACCAGAUAAUCUGGAUGACUGGAUUUCACACUUAAACGCAAGCUUCCCGGAUAAGUUUGCCACAAUAUCUUCCCAAAUCGAAGGCUGUGACUUGGAGUCAGAGCUAGACACGGCUGUUGAAGGGACUGGCCUGGCGUUCAUCGUAUAUAGUGAAGCCAUUAAGAACAUGGGGCUGUCCCAGCUGUGGUCAGUGCUGUACUUCUCCAUGCUGUUGAUGCUGGGGAUUGGGAGCAUGCUGGGGAAUGUAGCUGCCAUCAUUACCCCACUCCGGGACUCCGCUUUCCUCACCAGGCAUUUCCGAAAAGAAACAUUAAUAGGGAUGAUGUGCCUGUUCUGUUGUCUUGUUGGACUCUCUUUCACUACCAGAUCAGGAAACUACUGGUUUACCAUUUUUAACGACUAUGCUGCUACAUUUUCUCUGCUCUUCAUAGUCCUCAUUGAAAUCAUAACCAUCUGUUACGUCUAUGGACUGAAAAAGUUUGAAAAAGAUAUUGAGUUGAUGAUCGGACAUCGACCACACUGGUACUGGAAAAUCACCUGGUCUGUCGUAAGCCCAGUUCUAAUUAUAGGGCUAUUCAUAUUUUAUACAGCAGAUUACAUCAUGGGCGGAACACCAACAUACCAAGCAUGGGACUCAAACCUGGGUAAAACGGUAACAAAGGAAUACCCCCCUUACGCCCAGGCGGUCAUUGGGCUUCUUCUGGUGACCUCCAUGAUAUGUGUCCCUUUGGUGGCGCUCAUCACUUUCAUCAAAAAAAAGAAGGAACAGGCGAAGGAAAGCAAGAUAAUCACCACAGCUACUUAAGAGACCCACUCCUGGGACUACGAGGGCAAAAGGCACUUUUCUUCGGAAGCACUGCAGCAUGUGGGAUCCAUUCUGUGCAAAGACCCUAACAGGAGACCCCUCUGUGUUCAAGAACAAGGUGUCUGCGUAACCACCGAAGGCCUUGCUUCGACUUCACCAGUAUUGCUCCUAUCACCUCCUACCCCUCCUUCUCAUUUGACUUUCCAGCAUCCAUUAGAAAACAUAUUCUGAGGAAGGCUCAGAUAUUCAUUAUUUUACUCUGUAGAAGAGAAAAACUGUUCCUGCUGGGUGUGGUAUGAUUUUAUUAUUAUUAUUAUUAUUAUUUAUUUCUUAGCAGACGCCCUUAUCCAGGGCGACUUACAAUCGUAAGCAAAUACAUUUCAAGUGUUACAGUACAAGUAAUACAAUAAGAGCAAAUUUUAAGGGUGAGAAGGAUUUAUUUGAGAAGGAUUAGUCUUUACUGUAAUAACCCUGUUAAAACAAAAUGCUAUGUAAACAACACUGUGAUGAAGGCAAUCCUGUUCCCUUUCAAGUUUUAGGUGAUCAAUAGCGACAUCAUACAAUAUUAAGGUAGCUUAAUUUUAGUUUAUUACUAUCAUAGUGUAUACAUGAUGUCUGUUUUGUUUCUAGUUUUCUUCUAUAGUCAGUCAUACAGAAUCAACAAUUUUCAUUCAUUAUGUUAUGCACAUCUCCUGGGAAUACUGUGCCAUCUUUCAGACCUGUGCCUCCUGUCAGUUCUCUUGUCAAUUCAAUGCUUGUCUUCUUUCUAUUCCUUACGGAUAGUCUCUUCAAGUAUUGCUCAUCCUUGUUAGAUAAGCAUUUCUGGGUCUUCCAGUCCUGGGUUUGUCAGUUACAAAUUAUGUUUCUCUGUACUUGUUGCUUCAGCUACCACACCUUGAAAAUCGAGUGAUGCGAGCUAUUUCACUCAAUGUUUUUCCUUCUUAAUGCAAGUCAAGGUUGUUACAAUAGUAGACAACACUAGUGGAGGCUUUGAUUAAAUUGUUGAUGCUCAUAAUGCAUCAGACUAGAACAAUACAACAUGUCUAGACUUUUGCACAGCAGUGGACAUAAUGCAAAGUAAUACAUAUUAAAAAGGCCUUAAAAUCAAAGCCCAUGUUCAACACUGGUUGUCAAUCAUAGUCUUCAAGUACCACUAAACCGUCUGUGUUUCAGAUAGGGAUUGUCUGCAGAUUGCUGUGUACAAAGCAUGAUCCCUGUAGCUGCAGAUCAUUUAGUCUGUGCACUGGAAAACACAUUUUUUAUAUUUAAUUCCUAUUUGAACCAAAAACCUGGAAAGUUUGGGUAACUUGAGAUUGUGGGUUGACGUGACUUAAAUAAAAUAUAACUUUAUUAAGGGCAUUCCUUAGCAGUUUGGUAUGCAGUUCUAUUCUCUUGCAUUUGUCAAGCACUGUGUGAGUGUGUGGAGAUUCCAGGUAGAGGUCUUCAGGGGUCCAAAUUAAUCAACCUGACCCGACCCAACCCGAUGUAAAAUUCUUGGCAUUAGACCCGGAUCCGACCUGGCCCAAAAAAACAGCGGAACGCAUUUCUUUUCCCCAGCUUAGUGUAUGCACUGACUAGAUACAGUAUUAAAUCACUGUUUUUUUCCAGUCAACCUGGAGAUCUGACUGAACCACACACAGUGUUUAUUCCAUCAUGAACCUACACAGAGGACUGUAAAAUUAAAUAUGUUUGUCUGUGUAAAAGAUACAAAGAUAAAUACGUUAUCUGAAAAUCAAAUGAACUGAUGUACGAUCUUGUAAAUUGCGUGAUUUUAUUACAAACUUUUAUGUGCUACUGGGGGAAGCGAAUCCAUGCAACAGGAAUUAUGAACAAUUAAUUUUAGUACCAAAGACAGCCUCUUUUUAUUAUUAUUUGUUUUUUUUAGCAGACGCCUUUAUCCAAGGCGACUUACAGAGACUAGGGUGUGUGAACUAAGCAUCAGCUGCAGAGUCACUUACAAUUACGUCUCACCCGACAGAUGGAGAACAAGGUUAAGUGACUUGCUCAGGGUCACACAAUGAGUCAGUGGCUGAGGUGGGAUUUGAACCGGGGACCUCCUGGUUAUAAACCCCUUUUGUUAACCACUGGACCACACAGCCUCCUACAUACACGCUUAUCUUUAAUAGUAAUCGACAGUUUGUGUAUUACUGAGUAAACAAAAUCGGACCCGAUUUGCGUGAUAAUUUUGCACCCGAAAACCCAUUCAGUACGGGUCGGGUCUCAAGUCCUCAGGUCCGGGUAGACCUGUGAAGACCUCUAAUUCCAGGUGCUUUAUCAUCAUUGCUGCUGGGGGGAGUAUUUCUGGGGUGUGUUAUGUUUCAGUGUUUAAAAUGUGGCCUUGUAAGAGACAAACGAUAAACUGUUCUAGAGCUAGUUUUCACUAAAAUUAUCACUUUCUGUUUGACUAGAAUACAGAAAAACUGAAUAAAAAUUGUACAUACGCACCGACGCUUAUCAAGGUGAAAUCCCUGAGCCUUCUGGGAAUUUACAUUCCUCCUUAUGCUUGUGCCAAGAAUACUUCUGUGAUUACAAAGCAACAUGGGGUGUCCAGUUUAGCCUGAUACUAACAUGGAAAAAAACUGGCCAUUAUUUUUCGUUUUCUUAAUAUAUUUCAGUUAGCAUUGUGGCCACAUACGUAUUUCAUUAUACAAUUUAUAAUAAAUAUAGUAUAGCUGGCAGAAAUUAAUUUUCAGAUGCUGAAAUUGAGAUGUAGAAACGUGCAUCUAGUACACCUUUGUUUUCAUACAUAUGAAAUAAAAUAAAAAAUGGGUUUAUCUUUUUGUCUUGUUUUGUCUUGUGUGACCUUAUUUGUGCAGAAAAUGGAGACAUGACAAAAGAAUUUCAUUAGAAACAAGCUUGAUCCUGCAUAUAGCCCACUAUGAAAGACAUCCACAGCCUGCAAAAUAGCAUCUCACAACAACUGUCGAUAGUUUCAUCAAUCUAGACAAGAGGUUUGGGUACUACUAUAUACAUAUUAUAUGACUUAUAUUCACAGCAUGAGGAAUAGUUUCCUUUAAAUGUUGUUAAAACUACUUGAACACAAUCAAUUCCAUUUUAAAAUUGAAGUCUUUGUCAAAGCCCUAGACUGAUACCAAAUACUCGUACUAUAACAUGUUUCAUAUCAUCUGGUUAACAAGAAUAAUAGAUGGUUUAACAAAUCCAGAUCAGCGCUAAUCUUGGUGGACUACCUACUGUGAGUUAGUCCAAGACUAGUGGUCUGUGAAAUCAAAUGAUAGUGUUAUAUGCAAGAUGGGUUUAAAACAGGCGUAGGUCACGCACAAAAUUAGUUUGGUGGUUUCAGCCUAGCCAUUAAAGAGGAAGUAGUGGGGUUCCAAAAAAUAUAGUUAUACAUCCCAACAUGUUGCGACAACUGUUUAAUAACGUACCUGUUUCUUUAUGCAAUAUCACUAGUUUCCACAUCGCAUUUUCUUAAUCCCAAAACCAAAGAGAGCCAUUUCCAAUUAGCGUAAAGGGCACAGAGAAGUUUCGCAGGAGUAAGACAGAUGGGAGGGGCAUCUCUGCAGCCUGGACCCUCCAGCGGUGCAGUCAUGAGUGCACAGGUUGUAAUAGACGUCUUUAUUGUACGCAACAAUAAAGUUUGUUUGUGUUUAAUAGUUCAUUCCCCCCCCACUUUGAAUUCAGUGGUUUUAUUUCCUUGUUUGUUAGUCUGCUAAAUGUCUAUAAUAAUGU